CCUCCCUCCGCCCCUUUGAGGCUCCCUGUGGGGCGAGGCCGCUCAACCGGCUCCCCUCGCCUAGCUGCAGCAAGUCGGGACGGGAGGGGCCUGGGCGGAGCCCCUAACUCUGGCCAAGUGAAGCUCCUGACCACGCCCCCGCAAAUUCUGUUAAGUACUUUCACCCCCUGACCUUUGAGGAUGGAGAAUGCUGGAACUUGAGGAAAUCGUUUUACGUUCCCAGCUACAAAGGAAAAAGAUGGUUACCCACCACCGCGGCAACACCUUUAAGUCUUAUUUCCCCACUUCCUGUCUUCAGAUUCUGAAUUUUCUCCCUUUGUUUCUCUGGUGAGAGUUUGUAAGCACUGACUGCCAUUCUGAAAGAAGGUAUACUGUCCUAAUCCUGCAAGUCUACGUUCCUUCUGUAGGUUUGAGUGAACACCUGUCAGUCAUCUUCGUAAUACCGCGUUGGAUACCUAAAGCUGCGAGGGGAAAAGAGAAAUCAGGAGAACUUUCAGGACGAGACUGUAUCCAACACUUCAGAUAUGGCAGAAACGAAGUCGAUGUUCCGGGAAGUUCUUCCAAAACAAGGGCAGUUGUAUGUAGAAGAUAUAACCACAAUGGUGCUAUGUAAACCCAAACUUUUACCAUUAAAAUCUCUGACUCUGGAAAAACUGGAGAAAAUGCAGCAAGCAGCACAGGAUACAAUUCGCCAACAGGAAAUGACAGAAAAGGAACAGAAAAUAACUCACUGAACAGCGGCAAGUAACUCGCUGAAUGAUAACUAGCACUUCUACGGAACACCCUACACCUUUCUAUUAACAAGGGCUGAAAAUAAUCUGCAUCUAUAUGCUGAAAACAGUAUGUAUUAAUAAAACAGACAGUAUCCCUAUACAAAAACCUGAUUACUAAAAUUUGGAUUGUGAAUUUAAACACUGGUUUGUAUUGAAUAUAAGCAAUUUUAAAACUUUGAACCCAAAUUGUGUUUUAUUUUUAACCCAAGUUUUUUAAACUACAAAUUACUGUUCACCAUUCCUAUCAGUUUUCUAGAUAACAUUCUUAGUUAGGCACAGUGAGUAAAUGCAACUUCUACAGUCAUCCUGUACAUGGUUUUAAAAACUGAACUAAGCUUUUUAAUUAUAUUGACUUUAAGGACUUACCUUGCCACCUUUGUCUUCCAGAUAUCAAAACAUAAUCAAAACCCUAAAAAUGGAAAUUAAUAAGGACUUGAAAGAGCCCAUGAAGUAAAAUGAACAUAAAUUUGGAAGUUUUAUUUCUAAAAGACUGUAGCUAGACCUGUAAUGUGUAUAUUCCUAGGAAAACCUGUAAAUUCUGAAUAUAAUUCUUGGUUGGUUUGCUGCAGUUGGUAAUAGACAGUUUAAAUCACUAUGGACCUUGAAGCCUUGCUGAGUAAUUAGGCUCUGCAAAAGAGGUUAGAAAUGUGAUCUUCCCUUAGAUAACUGUUAUCAGUAACAGUUACCAUACACUGACUAAAUGUGAAACUUUUGAGUCUUUGAAGAAUAAUUUUUAUAAACACAAGCACUACUAGGUAAUAGAACUUAAUGAUGAAAGGUAUAUACGUUUAGAACUUUCAUUAAGUUCUAUCAAAAACAAGGAAGUAUGUAAGUAUUUCCCAAGUAUAAUAUUAAAAUAAUUUAUUUACUACUGUACUCUGGUUUUAAAAGUUUGCCAGGAGCAAAGUUUAACUAGGUUCAAAUAUGCUCUUUUAUAUGAUUUAAAAUUUGCUGUGGGAAAUAAGAUUUUUUAAAGAUCUUAAAUAAAUGCACUCCAAAUAAAGAAUCAACACUGCUUCACAUGUUUUAUUUUGUCAUACAUUCUUCUAGAACUGGGUUCAUUUUUCCAGUUUUGUAGAAAAAUAGAUGUUCCAGCCACCAUUUACUUAAUGUCUUUAAGACCAAGCAAUAUGUUCCCUGGAAAGAUGAAUAAGUCUCACAACUAGCUCAUUUUUAAAAAAUUCUUUAAAACAAAGAAAUAACUUUUUUAACUCCCAAAGCACAGUAUUUCAACAGCAGCAGCCAACAUGGGGUUUUAGCAGCUUAACUUGACCCCCUAAAUAAAGCUUUGUAUAAACCAGUGAUUUUACUACAAAAACACUGUCCUUGAAAGAAAGGAGUGGCAGUCAGACAUCAAUGCAAAACUUGGAAUGAUUAGGUCAUAAACAUGGCACUUACAAAAGGUAGCUUAUGAGAAUAUCCCACUUAAGAAGUGGUUACUUUUCUGUCCCUCCUUUACACCCUCAAAUUAAAAAAAAAAGAAAAGAAAAAAA